AAUAAUUUUAAAUGAUAUUUAAUAAAUUUUAAGUAAUUGAAAAAAAUGACAAACACGAAUAUUGAAAGAAAUCAUAAAAAGAAAGUAAAAAAUAAUAAAACAUUUCAAUGUUCAGGAUUUGGGAAUUGUUGUAUGCAAUUUUCUAGAAGUGAACAUCUUGCGAGACAUAUUAGAAAACAUACAGGAGAAAGGCCAUUUAAGUGUUAUUGUGGCCGUACAUUUUCAAGAUUAGACAAUUUUCGUCAACAUGCACAAACAAUUCAUAUAAACGAAGUGAUUAAUUCACCCUAUGCUUUAUCAUCUAAUUCUUUACAAACAUCAACAUCUAAAACCCAAGAAUCAGUAGCAAAAGAUGAUUUAACACAAUCAAGAAUGGUAACUCGCAAGAAAAAAAUUAAAAUAUUACGCAAAACCCAAGAAAUUUAUACUAUAAAACCUAAAAACAAUACGAAUCAUUUAUCUAUAGACAAAAUAACAGAUUCACAAGAGGAAGAUCCACCCGAAUUGUCUAUAUUUAAUUCUUUUACACCGAAUUCUUUUAAUUCUUCAGAUCAAAUACCAGAUCAUUAUGAUUCUUCAAACUCUCUUUCAUCACCUUCAUUUCUUCAUUCAUCUAUUCAAAAUUCUUUAUCACCUAAGGCGGGUCCUAUACCCUCAAACUUUUCUUCAGAUUUAGAUUUAGGCAUAAAAACUAUUAUUCCAUCUGAUACCAAUUUACCUUUACCUAAUGGAUACCAAAAUAUACAAUCAUCAUGGCAAGAAAUUCAUCUAAAAAACGAUUUCUUACAAGAAGAUAAUUCAUUUUAUAACAAUUCAGCAUCAAUAACACUUUAUAAUAAUACCACUUGUACAUUAACUUCUUCAAAUACAUCCAAUUCUUCCAACAAAACAAACACUUUACAAUUUAACAACAAUAAACUUCCUUCUAUCACUAUUUUAAUGGAUUACAACUUAGAACCUUCUAAUAUCAUCACUUUAUCAAAUAAUACAAAUGAUUAUUCUUUAAAACAAAAUAAUACCCAAAAAAUGAGCAUUCAAUUUUUAUGUAAUCAAAAUAUCACUAUGGGAGGCAUUGACAUACUAGCUGAAGUAGCAAAAAUCAUAAAUUAAUACAUCUUAUAAAAUUAAUCAUCAUUUGGAUAUAUUUACAAAAC